UCGUUGGUAGUCGUUUCAUCAACAAAAAAUCUUACAACACAGUUGCAAAGCCACUGGCGCAGCAUAGCUGCGCGAAGCGCUUAUAUCCUGCUGAAACGUAAACGAUACGACGUUUCAGGACGCCAAACGAUCUCCUUGCCGUUAUACGUUAUCGGAGGAAUCGCAGUUGCGAUUGUGCUACUGACCUGUUGCUGCACGCUGUUUGUCAGGAAUAAAUGCGCAAGACUCCUUGGCAAACUCACAGGCAGGAAAAAGCAGGAAAAGUAUUACUCAGACGUCGAACAAGGCCGGAGCAAAAGAGCCGGCAUGAGAGAGUCACGUAAAAGGAAAAAAAGAGAAAGGGAUCUUGCGUCGCGAAACUUCACGCACACCGACACCGGCACGGAAGCCGGGGAACCGAUUGUUCUGCCGCCGUUGCAACCGGAAAAACCGGAACGUCAGGAGGACGAAUCGCCGAUCGCGUGCUACAAGUGUUACAGAAAGAAGCAGAGACGAAAGAGACGAAAGAGGCAGACACGACGAUAACGUAAAGAAAAAGGAGAAAAAGGAGAAAAAGGAGUAAACGAGGCAUCAUCUUAAUGAGGCAUUUUCGCAUGUAUUGGGUUGGGGAAGGAAAGUAAUGUCAUAUUUUUAGCUCAAAAUUGGAGCAAGUUUAUUUAGAUUUGAAAACAGCUUCAAGCAAUAAUGUAACGGCCGUUGUUUUCCAUAAUCUUUUGCCAUCUUUCGGGCAGCUGCGUAAUUUAACUUUUCAAUGAAGAAUUGUCGAAGGUGAUUUCUACGAUUCCUUAAAGAAGUAAACGCUUUACCAUUAAGAAAGUUCUGCAAGGAUCGAAACAGGUAGUAAUCCGAAGGAGCGAAGGAUGCUCGGUGAAUAUGUUGGGUCAAGUCAAAAGCGUAGCCAAAAGAGUAUGGCGGCCUGGUGGAAUAAAAUACCCUUUUUAUUGAUCAAUUCCAGACGUUUCUCUGCAAUGGCUUCUUUCCGUCUGUCCAGCUGGAUACAGUACUUGUCCGAAUUAAGCCGCACAUUAUUUAAAAGGAGUUGUACGUAAUGCACGACAUCUUUCUAGUCCCACCAGAUACACUGCGCUGACCUUUUUCUCUUUUUUUUUUCUUUUUUUCUUAAAGCCUUUAAAGCCUUUAAAGCGGUCAACGGCUUUUCUAAACGCUUUCCUCAAGACCGUUUGUGAACCGCGUAUAUCGUAUAUAAACGAACUCAUCGUCCGUCACGAUUCGUUUCGCAAAUGGGUCGUUUUUGUUGCGUUUAAGUAACGCAAAUUGCAAAUAGAAAUGCAGUCGAUUAGAUAUUUUUUUCAGACAAAUUAUGCGGCAUCAAGACGACAUCAAGACGAGAGAUUCCCAUUCACGUAUCCCAACUUGUGCGAAUGCUCGUUGACAGUAGUAUGUGAUAAAUUGAGUAUCUCUACUAUUUCCCGCGUCGUAUAUCGCUGAUUAUUCUCGAUUAAAGUCUUGAUUUGGUCGUCAUCGGUAACAGCCAGAGAGUCGACUAGAGCGCUUCUCAUCUUCGAGUCAUGUCGUAUCACCAACACGAAAUUUCAUAAACGCAAUUUCAUGGGCACGUACGUUCUGUUACUUGCAUCCUCUCCGUGCACAGCACGUAUUCUCUAUCUCUUUCUCUUUCUC